AUGACAUCAAUCGAACCAAAGCAAACAAUCUAUGUAAACAACAUAAAUGAUAAAGUAUCCAUAAACAAACUACGAUCUAGUUUACAAGCACUACUUCAAAACUAUAGCCCGAACAAAAUACUAAUACAAAAGACUUUAAAGUUAAAAGGUCAAGCAUUCAUAACAUUUGAUAAUAUCGAAAUUGCUUCAAAAGCUGUGAAAGAUCUAGAUAAAAAAGAGUUAUUUGAUAAACCUAUUAACGUAAACUUUGCUAAAUCUAACAGUGAUGAUGUAUUCGAUAAAGACAAGGACGAAAUAAAUUCAAGACGAAAUUCAAGAAAAGAAAGCAAAAUUCAAAAGAAAGUAGCAGAAUCAAAAUCGAAACUCACCAAGAAAAAAGCAUCCAAAAAAGACUCUAAAUCAACAAAAGAACAACCAACAUCCAUUGACAUAAAAAGCUGGCAAAAUUUACCACCCAAUAAAAUAUUACUUCUACAAAAUAUAGACAACAUUAAAAAUAUAAAUAAAAAUCAAGUUGAGGAAUUUUUUGAAGAUUAUGCUGGAUUGGAAUUAAUUAGAUACAUUAAACCAAGAAAUCUAUCAUUCAUUGAAUUUGAAAAUGAAGAGUUAUCUACAAAUUGUCUAGACAAUGUUGAUUUGUCAAGUUUGAAAGAAAAAUUUGGUAAUGACAUAAUAUUCUCUUAUGCUAAAAAAUAG